GAGCUUUGUAGAGUUUCAAUGACCGAAGAUGUUGUCAAGGUUCUUUAUGAAAUGCAGGCUUCCAAGAUUGUUAUUGAAAAUGGAAUAUUUGACUGGGUUAUUUCAUUGAUGGAGAAGAAGGGCGAGACUGAUAAGCUUGAAAAAGUAAAGCAAAUACAGAGAAAUUGUAGUUCUCAUUCACAGAGAGUUGAGCUACCUAGUGGUGAUGCAUCCAGGGAAGAAAAGCUCCAUAUUGAGUUGAAUCAUCGCCAGCUAGAGCCGGGGAGGCAGGUGGUUCCACCUUUGAGAACUCACAGUGAAGAGGAAGUAAGAGAAAUUUGCAACAUAUUAUGGUCUUCAACAGAUUGGGAAUCCGUUCAAGAAGCAUUAAACAAAUCCAUAAUUCAGUUCACUCCGGACCUAGUUCUCGAGAUUCUGCAGAAGUGUAACAUGCAUGGUAACGUGGCUUUACGUUUCUUUUCGUGGGUAGACAAGCAAGCCGGUUAUAGGCACACUACGGAAACCUAUAACAUGGCAAUCAAAAUCUCAGGAAGAGGGAAAGAUUUCAAGCACAUGAGAAGCCUGUUUUUUGAAAUGAGAAGAAGACGCUACUUAAUAACACCAGAUACAUGGACUAUCAUGAUAAUGCAAUAUGGUCGAACAGGUCUAACAGAUAUAGCACUGAGGACUUUCAAAGAGAUGAAGUCUUCUGGUUGUAACACAACUGGCAGUACCUACAAGUUCUUGAUCAUUGUCCUCUGUGGGAGGAAACAUAGGAAAGUAGAUGAAGCCAUUAAAAUUUUUCAGGAGAUGAUUCGUGCAGGGCACUUUCCGGACAAAGAAUUGUUGGAAAUUUAUCUGGCUUGUUUAUGUGAAACUGGUAAACUGUCAGAAGCCAGAAGUUGCUUAGAUUUUCUCAUGAAAAAGGUUGGUUUCACAGUUCCCUUAACAUACUCAAUGUACAUCAGAGCUCUUUGUCGAACAAGAAGAUUGACAGAAGCUUUAUCGGUGGUAAACGAGGUUGAGAGCGAGAGAUUUAGAUUGGAUCAGUACACCUACGGAAGCCUUGUUCACAGAUUACUACAGAAUGGACAAUUAGAAGAGGCAUUGGCAAAGGUGGAGGCCAUGAAGCAAAUGGGAAUUAACCCGACUGUCCAUGCUUACACUUCACUAAUAAUUUAUUUCUUCAGAGAAAAACAGAUUGAGAAAGCUUUAGACACUUUCAAUAAAAUGAAACAAGACGAUUGCAAGCCUACGGUUGUCACAUACUCUGCACUUAUCCACGGCUACAUGAACAUGGGGAAGGUUACAGAUGCAUGGAAUAUCUUUGAAGCCAUGAAAGUGAAUGGAACUUUGCCUGAUUUCAAGACUUAUUCUAUGUUUAUCAACUGUUUGUGUAAGGCAGGAAAAUCUGAAGCUGCCUUGAAGCUUUUGUCUGAAAUGUUUGAUUGUGGGAUUGUUCCCAGCACUGUUAAUUUUCGAACUGUUUUUUACGGAUUGAAUAGAGAAGGCAAGCGAGAUUUAGCUCGAACUGUAUUACAAAAGAAGUCAGCUCUAAUACAUAGACGCAAGUUUUUGAUAUAA